AAUAACAAUUUCCUAAUUUUAAAGCCUUUCAUUCUUUAAUAAUAAAAAAUUAAAUAAAAAAAAGGAAAGAAGUCCACCAUGCUCUCUUGAAACCCAAAUUCAUAAAAACUCGUAGCUCCUGCGUUUGGCAUCACAUUCUCAAAUUCCAGGAUUUCAAUCACUAAUUUAGGAGAAAGGAACCCAAAUUGUUAAUAAAAUAAUUGGGAUUAAUUGUUUAUGAUUUGGGUGGAAACCCAGAAGAAGAAGAAGAAGAAUUGAAAAGAAUGGAGGAUUCAUAUUCUGUGUGCAGCCCCAGAAGAAUACUGAGUGUAUCAAAGAAGAGGAGGGCAACAGUGUCAUUUGUUGAUUCAGAUGACAAGGCUUCUGGGUUUCAUGGCCCCAAGCCUUCUGAAGUCUAUGGCUUUGUUGGCUCCAUCACUACUGUUGUGGCUACAGUUAUAUUCUUGGUGUGGGCGUAUGUUCCAGAGUCUUGGCUGCAUUCCAUUGGGAUUUUUUACUAUCCCAGCAGGUAUUGGGCAUUGGCCGUGCCAGCUUACGCUAUGAUGACAGUGGUAUUAGCAUUGGGAUUUUACUGUGGCGUCAACUUCAUGUCCACCCCUCCCCCUUCUUCCUUAUAUACUGUUUACGAUGAAUUCAGUAGAGAUCCUCUGAGCUCUUCUCCAGUUGGGGAUGAUGAUCAGCCCAUCGAGCCAAUAUCCGAUAUCAGCAUCGACAGAAUCAAUCGUUCCAUGUUUAAAUAACACAAGCAACCUCAGGAGUUGUUUGCUUUCAAACUACUUGGUUCUUUAGGUUGAGCAAAAGGGAGUCCAUUGAUAACAGUAGAGGAAAUGCACCUUCUGGAACAGGAAAAGAGGAAAACAAAGUUUAGCUGUAACCAGCUAGGGCUCGAGUCUCAACCGAGUCUAUAAACAAAGAGUACGUUUUAUACAAUGAAAAGAACACUCUCAGGCAUAGAGAACCAAGCUUAAAUGUAUGCAUUCAGCAUUGUGAGAGCAA